AUGUGUGACUUGAGCGACACCGCUCCGGGAACUCCGUCAUCCGGCGCUGAAGUCCUUCACGAGAAUCGAGGGGAGUGGUCGAUGGUGACUGCCUCUGCCUGCUGCGAAUUAUCGAGAGGUCCCGAGGAAGAACAAGUUGAACACUUCUCGCCAAACGACGCUGGACUCGCUAAGCAGGCAGAGCUCUGCGAGCGAAAGAUCCGGACGACGAUGCUGACGACGAGGAGAAGUUGCACGGAGUGUGGGAGAGGCGGUCCGCCGGGAGCUUAUCUGAGCAGAUCUUACUCCUACGAGCCUCCCGGCGUCCACAACAUCGAUCGGUUCCACGAAGCAGUGACCAGGACCUCAAUCGCCGAGACCACCCUCACACUGCCAAUUGGAAUCUUCUCGCAGCGCUCGGCGAAGUGA